AACAAAACGGUAUUAAGAACCGUUCUGAAACUGUUUGGAGAUUCAUUGUACUUUAAAUUUUACAAUGUCAGUGAACACACAGCUGGUUAACUUGCAGGAAGAAGAAACAGGCGAUAGAAUUACGCGCAAGAAAACAGCUCAAAGGAAGGCUAUAAAUGCAACGGCUUUACUAGCUGAAAUUGUAUCAACAAUGUUCCUGGUAUCUUUAGGUUGCAUGUGUACAGUUCCUAUAGAUGGACUUGCUAACGCUACUCCAAUGUACGGACCAUUAGGUUUCGGUCUCAUCGUGUUGUUUAACAUUACAUCGUUUGGACAUUUGUCUGGUGCUCACAUGAAUCCUGCGGUGACUUUAGCUGCUGUUAUUUGGGGACAGACAUCAAUCGUAAGUGGUAUAUUGUACUUUAUAGCACAGUGCUUUGGUUCUACAAUAGGCUAUGGAAUACUGGUAGCCCUUUCUCCAACUGGAUUUACUUCUGGCGCAAUAUGUGUAACACAGCCAUCGUUGAAGUAUACUGUGUAUCAAGCAUUAGGAUUUGAAGUUAUUUUGACAGCGGCAUUGGUUUUCAUAACAUGUGCAGUGUGGGAUCCUGUAAACAAAGAUUCUCAAGAGAGUAAUGCGAUCAAAAUUGGAUUAGCAGUCGCUGGUCUAUCUUUUGCUGGAGCGCCGAUGACCGGUGCCGGAAUGAACCCAGCUAGAUCUUUAGGACCAGCUAUAUGGACGUCUUCGUGGAGAGCCCAUUGGGUAUACUGGGCCGGGCCAUUUUUGGGAUCAUUUCUAGCUGUUCUCAUAUACAAGUAUAUAUGGCUACCAGAUAAUAAGAAGACAAAUAUUGGCGCUGUGCCAGAUACUGUUGAAGGACUUGUUCGGAAAUUGUGAUUGUGCAUUUAUCAGUAUUAAGUGUUUAUUAUUUAUAAGUAAGUAAAUCAGUAGUAGUAAAUAAUUAUCUUUUAUGUAAAUAUAUUUAAGAUAUUUUAUAAGUAUACUAGUUGCUUCCUGCGACGUCGUUUGCGUGGACGUUAUAAGGUAGUAAAAAUACAAUGACUGCAUAGUAUUGUGAUUGAGUGUACGUUGACCCGAAUUCUCGUUAAUAUUCAUGCAAAAUUUGAAUAAUAAUAAAUUUAAACAAACAAAACUUCUGAAAACUACUUUUUUGGCUCCGAUAUUGUUUGUAAAGUACACAGCAAUU